GGUCGGCGGCGAGUUCGACAUGGAGCUCAACUUCGUCAUCCAGGACGCGCAGAACAUCCAGCAUAUGCUGGAAUUGCUGGACCACUGCCCGCCCAGCUUGCAGGCGGAGAUCUGGUCGGUGUUCAUCGCGAUCCUGCGCAAGAGCGUGCGCAACCUGCAAGCCUGCACCGACGUAGGACUCAUCCACCAUGUUCUGCAGCGGCUACCGCGCGCCGAGACCGUUGUCGCAGAUCUCCUGAUCGAGAUGCUGGGCGUGCUGGCCAGCUACAGCGUCACAGUCAAGGAGCUGAAGCAGCUGUUCAGCGCCAUGAAGGCCGUCAACGGGAAAUGGCCGCGGCACUCGGCGAAGCUUCUGAACGUGCUCCGGCAGAUGCCGCACCGGAACGGCCCGGACGUCUUCUUCAGUUUCCCCGGACGGAAAGGCUCGGCCGUGGUCCUGCCUCCGCUGGCGCGGUGGCCGCACGAGAACGGGUUCACGUUCACCACGUGGUUCCGGCUGGACCCCAUCAACUCGGUCAACAUUGAGCGCGAGAAGCCCUACCUUUACUGCUUCAAGACGAGUAAAGGCGUGGGGUACACGGCGCACUUCGUCGGCAACUGCCUCGUGCUGACCUCCAUGAAGGUGCGGGGGAAGGGGUUCCAGCACUGUGUCAAAUACGAGUUCCAGCCCAGGAGAUGGUACGCGAUCGCAGUGGUGUACAUCUACAACCGGUGGACGAAGAGCGAGAUCAAGUGCCUCGUCAACGGCCAGCUCGCCUCCAGCACGGAGAUGGCCUGGUUCGUCUCCACCAACGAUCCCUUCGACAAAUGCUACAUCGGAGCGACAGCCGAGCUGGAUGAGGAGCGAGUGUUCUGCGGACAAAUGGCCGCCAUCUACCUGUUCGGCGAGGCGCUCACCACGCACCAGAUCUGCGCCAUGCACCGGCUGGGUCCAGGGUAUAAGAGUCAAUUCCGUUUCGACAACGAAUGUAACAUCAGCCUACCGGAGAACCACAAAAGGGUGAGCGAACAGGCCGCUCUCCUGCUUGCGAAUGCAGAAGUCCCCCCACCCGAACCCGAAAGCCCCCCUCCAGACCCUCCUGAACCCGAACCCCAAGACCCCGCUUCGCUGGAAGAUACUAAGGCGGCAGAGAACGAAGAAGCAUGCGUAGUUGUUAAAGAAGACUCGACGCCUCGAGGGAGGAAGAUGGCGGACGAGGCGCGCGAAGUGGCCGCCGCGCAUGCGUCGCUGCUCGUAGAUAUUGAAGCAUGCAAGCGUGGCCAGUUCCGCUUCGACUCCGAGUGCCCGAGUCAGCUGCCCACCAGCGACGUCCGUGUCGACCGCUACGGGGACCUAGUUCAUGAUCCCACGCAAAACAUUCAUGACGUUCUCUACGACGGAAAGUUGUCUUCGGCGAUAGUGUUCAUGUAUAACCCGGUGGCAACCGACGGGCAACUAUGUCUGCAGUCGGCUCCUAAAGGCAACGUGUCUUAUUUCGUCCACACGCCACAUGCUUUGAUGCUGCAGGAAGUGAAAGCUGUGGUAACACACUCGAUACACAGCGCCCUGAACUCCAUCGGAGGUGUGCAAGUUCUGUUCCCGCUGUUCGCCCAGCUGGACUUGCCUCAUGAUGCUCCAGCCACGGAUCCGAAGCGCGACCCUAUGCUAUGCUCGAAGCUCCUCGGCUUCGUGUGCUCCCUGGUGGAGUCGUGCGCGACGGUGCAGCAGCACAUGCUCCAGUGCCGCGGGUUCCUGGUCAUCUCCCACAUGCUGCAGCGGUGCAGCCGCGACCACCUCACGCCGGAGACACUGGCAUCUUUCCUGCAUCUGACGAAGCAUCUUGUCACUUGCUGCUCUCCUAAUUCGGAUCUGCUCUUGAAACAGUUGCUGGACCACGUGCUGUUUAACCCUGCGCUGUGGGUGCACACACCGGCGGCGGUGCAGGCGAGGCUGUACUGCUACCUGGCCACGGACUUCCUUGCUGACGCUCACAUCUACGGCAGCGUGCGGCGCGUCAGCACGGUGCUGCAGACCGUACACACGCUCAAGUUCUACUACUGGGUGGUUAAUCCGAGGGCGAAGAGCGGCAUCACGCCCAAAGGAUUAGACGGUCCCCGGCCAGCACAUAAAGACAUCCUCACGAUCCGGGCAUACAUCCUACUGUUCCUGAAGCAACUCAUCAUGAUCGGAAACGGUGUGAAAGAGGACGAACUACAGUCUAUCUUGAACUACCUUACUACCAUGCAUGAGGAUGAAAAUCUACACGAUGUUCUGCAGAUGCUAAUUUCGCUGAUGUCUGAACAUCCCAGCUCCAUGGUGCCCGCUUUCGACGCAAAAGGCGGAGUGCGGACUAUCUUCAAGCUGUUGUCGUCAGAGAGUCAAUUAAUCAGGCUGCAGGCCCUCAAACUACUCGGCUUCUUUCUCAGCAGAAGCACACACAAACGAAAAUACGACGUAAUGUCGCCACACAACCUGUACACGCUUCUCGCUACGCGGCUCGCCGGCGGCGGCUCGGGCGGUGAGGCGCUAGCCUUACCUGCGUACAACGCCCUCUAUGAACUGCUGACGGAACAUGUUGGUCAGCAAAUUCUGUACACGAGUCAUCCGGAGCCACAGCCGCAUUUUAGACUCGAGAAUCCUAUGAUCCUAAAAGUGGUCGCCACUCUCAUCCGCCAGUCCAAGCAGACGGAACAGCUGCUCGAAGUGAAGACUUUCCUCUCCGACAUGACGCUACUCUGCAGCAACAACCGGGAGAACCGCAGAACCGUCCUUCAGAUGUCCGUCUGGCAAGAAUGGCUAAUAGCCUUAGCGUAUAUCCACCCUAAGAACGCGGAGGAACAGAAGAUAUCCGACAUGGUGUACAGUCUGUUCAGGAUGCUGCUGCACCACGCCAUCAAACACGAGUAUGGCGGGUGGAGGGUCUGGGUGGACACGCUGGCUAUCGUGCAUUCUAAGGUGUCAUACGAAGAGUUCAAACUCCAGUUCGCCCAGAUGUACGAGCACUACGAGCAGCGGCGAGCUGACAACAUCACGGACCCGGCGGAGCGGCAACAGCGCCCCAUCUCCACCAUCUCGGGCUGGGACCGGCCCGGCGCCGCGCCGGAGCCCGUCCACCGGAGCCACCACGCCGCGCAGACGGAGAUCGGCAAAGGCCUCUCCUUGAGAGAAGUCGAGGCCUGCAGUUGUACCGACAGAGAAGAUACUAGUGAUAAAGAAGAUACGCGGACUACAGAACCUGUGUAUAGUGAAGUGUGUAAAGCCCAUAGUCCUAUUAAAAAUACCGAAGUGCCCUGCGUCGACGGUUGUGAUAGUGUUAAAUGUACAGAUAGUGAGCACGCUGUGGACGAGGAAGGCCGACACGGCGAGGCCGGUCCCGAGAAUGAGCCGGUGCAGUCUAUUAUUAAUGAAAAUAUUCUUCUAGAGAGUUCGGAAUCCGGUCUGGGAACGAUAGAAGCCGAUUCGGAGAAAACUGACAAACCCCUGUCCAGACAGGGCAGCUUAGAUUACAUUCCGGUGAGAGACGUAGGCGAAAAUGUACUUAAAGAUGAUAACACGGAUAAAAGCGAAGGUAUUCCUUCCAGUUUAUCGGUGAGCGAGACGGCGAGCCCGGAACGCGUCGCCGAUCACUUAAAUUUAAACGAGAGAGAAUCUGAACUAUCAGAUCCGUCCGAAUUGUACUUAACUCCCAGUGAAGCGACUAGCCCUAAGAAAACACAAGAUAAGACUGACUCGAUCAUUCCUGAUGAUAUUGACAGUGAUGAUCCUAAACACAUCGCGAUAAACAUUGUUAACGACGUACUGUCGAUAGCGCUCGAAACUGUGAGGUUAAAAGCUGACGAUGACACUGACUCUGGAGCCAUUUCGGGAGGAUUGCAUUCAGAAGGCAAUACUCCGAAUGGCCGAGAAGAUUUUGAACAAGAGAUCGAAGAAAUUAUUGACGAAAAGCGGACAGCUGAAAUGAUCGCUAAUGAAGUUAUCACAGAUAUCCUAUCUUCUGUUGUGACGAGAAGUGAACAGAAACAGAGUGAACUAGUCGAAGAAGAAGAUAAUAGCCACCAUAGAGUGAUACCUUCUGAUCAUCCACACGAAGGAAACGUUCUGCCUUUAGACGGUGAAUUCUUAGUCGACUCUCCACGAAAGGAACCAGUUGAAAGAAUAGAAACAGAAGAAGUAGACGAAGUCACAAAAGAAAAUGCGAAAAACGAAAGCCAAAGAAUGGAAACCAACGAACCAGAGGAGCAUAAGACUCCGGAAAUCCCACCAAUUUCGACGAUUAGUGAAAACAUUUCCCUUGUAAAUAAGAAGGAACAAGAAAGUGAAGAGGAGAGAAAUCGUGAAGCGAACGAAAGGGACAAGAGACGAGUGAGCUUACCGGGUGAUAGUGAGAUGAAGCAGGAUAGCAAUAAGAGCGAUGGUGUGUCCUCGCAAGGAACGAACACGUCAACGUCGCCGAAGAGGCCAAGAAGUGCAUCUACGAGCACUCAAGUAGAUUCCAAUCACUUUGAAACCAAGCGGCCAUCAAAGUGUUCCCGGCCAAUGUUCUCACCAGGACCGACGCGACCGCCCUUCCGUAUACCGGAGUUCCGCUGGUCCUACAUCCACCAGAGGCUGCUUUCUGAUGUCCUGUUCUCUUUGGAGACCGAUAUCCAGGUUUGGCGCAGCCACUCAACCAAAUCAGUGAUCGACUUUGUGAACAGCAGUGAGAACGCCAUCUUUGUGGUCAACACCGUCCAUUUGAUCAGCCAGUUGGCAGACAACCUCAUCAUUGCUUGUGGAGGCCUACUACCUCUGCUGGCAUCCGCUACUUCUCCUAACAAUGAACUCGACGUGAUUGAACCCACACAAGGCAUGCCGGUAGAAGUGGCAGUGACCUUCCUACAGCGACUAGUCAGCAUGGCUGAUGUCCUCAUCUUCGCCAGCGCUCUCAACUUCGCCGAACUAGAAGCCGAAAAGAACAUGUCCAGCGGGGGAAUCCUCCGCCAGUGCCUUAGACUGGUGUGCACGUGUGCGGUGCGCAAUUGUCUCGAGUGCAAGGAGCGGCAGCGGUACGCGGCCGCUCGCGCCGCGCGGCAAGGCGACUCUUCGCCCAAGAGCGUGGUCGCAAGCCUGGCUGAUACUUCGAGCCCAGUCAAGGACCCAGAAAGGCUACUUCAAGAUAUGGACGUGAAUCGAUUACGGGCUGUCAUCUAUAGAGAUGUGGAGGAGACGAAACAAGCACAGUUCCUCUCGCUAGCCAUCGUGUAUUUCAUCUCCGUGCUAAUGGUGUCGAAGUACCGCGACAUCCUCGAGCCGCCCGCGCACGCGGCGCAAGAGUGCGCGCGCAGGCCGCACCACGGACACGAUCACGAACACAAUGGGGACGACGUGGAGUACGCCAUGAUAGUUGUCGACGAGAACAACUCCACCAUGAACGAGCUAGACUCUCCCUCUAUGAAGGAGACUGAAGAAUCAGAUGGCGUCGCGAAACUUGAGACGAGUACGGACGAAGUGAAACCUCACGGAGAGAAGCCGGCCCCUGACGCAACCCCUGGGGCAGCUCCUGGGGCCUCGCAGUCUCCAAGCUCUGAGAAGGAGGAACCGCUCUUUAAGUCCAGCCUUCGGGUGAAGCAACCUAAGAUAAAGAGCGUGGAUUCUAUCGAAGACGCCGGAUCUUUCCAUCUCAACUCGACAGAGACGACAAACAACGACCCCGAGUCUUCCAGCGAGAUCGCUUUGGAUGACAAUAAACAUCCAGUCAGCAACGACGAAUCGUGGACAGAUGUGAACCUCAACGAGGACGGAGAGAGAGGGCCUGCCACCAUCACUGGCAGGACGAGAGACCAUGAAGGCAAUAUACAUGAAGACAUUGAGAAAUCCCUUCACGCACGCAACAACGAGCACCAUCAUUUGCAGAGGCAUCAGAACAGGAGUCUGCAGGUUGCACAGAGGCAUCUACAUCCGGACAAUGAGACGUUAGCGGGUCUAAACGCCAUAAACGCCACGAUGUCAGCUGACGGCGUAUCGAGAGAAGCAUCUCUCACCCACAAAUUAGAAACCGCCUUAGGACCUGUCUGUCCUCUACUAAGAGAAAUCAUGUUGGACUUCGCGCCUUUCCUAUCGAAGACCCUGGUUGGAAGCCACGGACAGGAACUGCUAAUGGAGGGUAAAGGUCUUCAAACCUUCAAAUCGAGCACAUCAGUGGUGGAACUGGUGAUGCUCCUCUGCUCCCAAGAAUGGCAGAACUCCCUCCAGAAGCACGCCGGCCUUGCGUUUAUAGAGCUGAUCAACGAGGGGAGGUUGCUGUCGCAUGCGAUGAGGGACCAUAUCGUGAGGGUCGCGAAUGAGGCCGAGUUUAUACUGAACAGGAUGAGGGCUGAUGAUGUGCUGAAGCACGCUGAUUUUGAGUCACUAUGCGCCCGGACGAGCAGCGAGCGAGCGGACGAAGAGCGGACUUGCGAGCGAUUGAUAGCCGCCGCCCGGCGCCGCGACCACGCCGCCGCCGCGCGCCUGCUCGACAAACUGCGACACUCACCCGGCGCCGGCAGUGCUGCGGCCGGAAGCACAACACAAUUCUGGAAACUAGAUUCUUGGGAAGAUGACGCUAGACGCAGAAGACGGCUAGUGCCCGACCCGCGCGGGCAACGCCACGCAGCCGCAGCGUUGUCGCGCUCGCCCACCGCGCCGCCGCCUAGCGACGCCAUAUUACAGGCAACGGAGGAGCUGCACGCCCGCAUCGCCGCGGGGGGCGCGGGGCGCGGCGCACAACUGCCAACGCUGGCGGCCGCCGAACUCCUCGAUGAUGCUGAGCUCCUGGUGGAUGACAGGGAAAUCGAUGCCGAUCUUACCGGCCCCGUGAACAUAAGCACGAAGGCGCGGCUAGUGGCUCCAGGGUUGGUCGCUCCGGGCACCGUGUCUUUGACGUCGACGGAGCUGUACUUCGAGGUCGAUGAGGAGGAUCCGGAGUAUAAGAAAAUUGACCCUGAGGUCCUGAAAUACUGCGAGCACCUGCACGGGAAAUGGUACUUCAGCGAGAUCCGCGCCAUCUUCUCGCGCCGAUACCUGCUGCAGAACGUGGCCAUCGAGAUGUUCCUCGCCAGCAGAACAUCAAUAUUCUUCGCAUUCCCCGACCAGGCGACGGUGAAGAAGGUCAUCAAGGCCCUUCCCCGCGUUGGAGUCGGCAUCAAAUACGGCAUCCCGCAGACCAGACGCGCCUCGAUGAUGUCGCCGCGACAACUCAUGCGCAACUCGAACAUGACGCAGAAGUGGCAGCGGCGCGAGAUCUCCAACUUCGAGUACCUCAUGUUCCUCAACACCAUCGCCGGUCGAACAUACAACGAUUUGAACCAGUACCCCGUGUUCCCGUGGGUCCUGACCAACUACGAGAGUGAGGAGCUGGACCUGAGCCAGCCCUCCAAUUACAGGGACUUGUCUAAGCCAAUCGGCGCUUUGAAUCCGAGUCGGCGCGCAUAUUUCGAAGAGCGCUACAACACAUGGGAGCAUGAAUCGACGCCGCCGUUUCACUACGGGACGCAUUACUCCACCGCCGCGUUCGUGCUCAACUGGCUCGUGCGAAUCGAGCCGAUGACGACGAUGUUCCUGGCGCUGCAGGGAGGCAAGUUCGACCACCCGAACCGGCUGUUCUCCUCCAUCGCCAUGUCCUGGAAGAACUGCCAAAGGGACACCUCCGACGUCAAGGAGCUGAUCCCAGAGCUAUUCUUCCUGCCCGAGAUGCUGGUGAACAGCGCUGGCUACCGUCUCGGGCUGCCCGACUCACCGUCCGGUGACGUCAUCCUGCCACCCUGGGCGUCUUCGGCCGAGGAAUUCGUGAGGAUCAACCGCAUGGCACUCGAGUCCGAGUUCGUGUCGUGUCAGCUGCAUCAGUGGAUCGACCUCAUCUUUGGAUACAAGCAGAGAGGACCCGAAGCCGUCCGUGCUACAAACGUGUUCUACUACCUAACGUACGAGGGCGGCGUGCGCCUCGACCAGAUCACGGAGCCCGUCACCCGCGCCGCCGUCGAAGACCAGAUCCGCAGCUUCGGACAAACGCCAGCACAACUCCUCAGCGAGCCUCACCCACCGAGGGCUUCUACUAUGCAUCUAGCUCCACUGAUGUUCGCGGCAGCGCCGGAUGAUGUGUGCCUAAGACUCAAGCUGCCGUCAAACGCAGCCGUCGUUCAUGUGUCUGCUAACACUUAUCCGCAACUUGCGAUGCCUGCUGCUGUUACGGUGAGCGCGGCGCGAGCGUUCGCAGCGCACCGCUGGGUGGGCGGCGGCUGCGCGCACGUGGGCGCGCGCCACGCCGCCGACCACGCCGCGCCGCCCGCCGCGCCUCUCGUCAUGGACCCCGUCUGGGCGAACGGCGGCGCCGCAGCGUUAGCCCGACGUCAGCUCGGCGACAACUUCUCGCAACGCGUACGCGCGAGGACCAACUGCUUCGUUACCACGGUGGAUUCUCGGUUCCUCAUAGCUGCUGGCUUCUGGGACAACUCCUUCCGCGUCUUCUCUACGGAGACAGCCAAGAUCGUCCAGAUAAUCUUCGGGCACUACGGCGUAGUGACGUGCGUGUGUCGCUCGGAGUGCAACAUCACGUCCGACUGCUACAUCGCGUCCGGGUCGGAAGACUGCACCGUGCUACUUUGGCAUUGGUCCGCGCGGCACGGCGGCAUCGUCGGCGAGGGCGAGACGCCGGCGCCGCGAGUGACGCUCACGGGCCACGACGCCCCCAUCAACGGAGUUCUGGUGUCUGCUGAGCUGGGCUUGGUUAUUUCUUCUUCAGUCAAUGGCCCCGUCCUAAUCCACACGACGUUUGGUGAGCUUCUCCGCGCGUUACCGGCCGCGGAAGGCGUGUCAGCGCCGCGGCAACUAGCGCUGUCGCGUGAAGGCGUAGUGGUGGUGGCGUACGCGCGAGGACACCUGGCUGCUUACACGCUCAACGGCCGCCGGCAUAGGCACGAGACGCAUAACGACAACUUCCAGUGCUUGCUACUGUCUCGCUGCGGUGAAUACCUCGUGUGUGGAGGCGACGCGGGCGUGGUGGAGGUGUGGCGCGCCUUCACGCUGGCGCCGCUGUACGCCUUCCCGCCCGCCGGCGCGCCCGUCUGCUCGCUCGCGCUCUCGCACGACCAGAAAUUCCUGCUCGCGGGCCUAGAGAAUGGCUCCCUCGUCGUGUUCCACAUCGACUUCAACCGCUGGCACCACGAGUACCAGCAGCGCUACUGACUGCACUAACCGACCGCAGUACAACUGCAACCCGACUGCAGUGUGUAAUUAAUUCAAUUACCUAAAUCUCUAGUUAAUAUUACGAAUGAAUUUAGUAUCGCGUUAGUUGUUUUGUUUGUCGCUUGCGGCGAUACAACGCGAUAAAGGGAAGUUUACCUCGAUAGUACCACUUUUAGUGUAUUAUCUUAAAGCCACCUCAGACGGGAUGACGAAAUUGGCAACAAGAUGAUGAAAUUGGCGUCAAUAUUUUUGCGUCUAAAAUAAUUCGUGGUAUGAUACAAAUCGUAAAUAUAUAUCUGCGAAAAAUUGUCCCGUCUGGACUGGCGUUUAAAAGGAUUUUAAAUACCUUUUUUAUUUUAAAAUCAUUCGUAUUUUUGACACAUGUGUGUACUAGAGGUAUAAAGUGACACACUAUUUACAGAAAGCGGUGUAUUUUAUUCGCAACGAUAUAAUCGCCCUGGAAUCAAAUGGCUUAACAUGAAUUAGGUAUUGGGCUUUCGUGUAAAUAGUGUUAGAAGUAAUAUAAGGCAAUGUUGAGGCCACUGGUUGUAAACUAUUUGAUAUUUGAUGUCCGUAGCCAAAAGCUACAUUAACAUUUACAUUCCAUUUUCAAAGUAUUAUUUUUAUUUGACUUUUUUUGUGAGUAGAUUAAGUUUACAAUAUUAUUUAAUAUUUACAACAUUUUAUUGAAGAUUAUUUAGUAGUGCCAUAGGAUAAUGUUUUAAUAUUUGACUUAAAGUAUUAUAUGUACUUAUGUAAACGUACGAUCUCCAGCGAUUGGCGUCCAUUUUAUUGUUUGACAUAAUAGUUGUUAAUAUGAUGUACUUAAUUUAUUUAUUUUGGUGCAAUAUUUAUGAUUUUUUCAGAGUAUUCCUGUUUGUAUUAAUAAAUUGUAUUGGUAUGAUUUCAGUAUUGGUCUAUAUUAAUUUUAUUUCAAUGUUUUUUUUUUGCAACAUUUAUAUUCAGCUUGGGAUUUCCUGAUCAAUUUCAAUUUAUGUUAAUAAGAAUUCAAUCUGUCCUAAGUGUACUUAACUUGUCUUUAAGAAUAAUUUUUGCAGCUCCUUCUAUUACCGGUCUACUUCUCUAUUCUUGUUAUAUUGGUGGUGGGACUCUUGUACUUAAUUAUUGUAGGAAAUUAUUAAUUUUGUUUGUUUAAGAUUUUUGGUUUUUAUUAAAUGGUUAUACAAAUAUUUUAGUUUUUAUUUAAUUUUCCUUGUGUUUUUUUUUUUAAUCAGAAUUUUAUGUAUGUAAAUCAAAAGCGUUGAUGCCACAGAUAAAGAAUUAUGGAAAAUGGGCGGCAAAUUACUCUGGCACAGCAACAUUGUCAGUAGAUAAGGUAGCAGAUAAAAAAAACAGUCGCAAAGAGUUGUUUUCCUGCGGACAAUUUGAUAUCGCGCGUUUCUCUACUGACAAGUUGGUUAUGUUUCAGCAUAACGAGUAGGAGGGACGCGAAAGUGCCAACAAGUAGACAUUUUCGCUAAUUAUACUAUGUCAAUAAGCAUGUAGCGGAUAGCAACUUAAGGCUAAGUAUAACUUGUGUUACGGCUGAGUAUGAAAUAAUAGUUUUGUACGCAACACGCGUCGUGUGACGCUGUAUUUAGUGUACAAUCGGGUUUUAAAAACUAUAUUUUUGCAUCACAACACCCGCACCGCUCCUUCCGUUCUGUGAUUUAGGCUUAAAAGUGCACGUAGACUUACCUUCUGACUUUCCUAUCUCGUGCCAAAACUAACUGUAAUAUAAUAUCGGGCAAGCAAAUUCAAACUAUCAUAGAAUAAUCAUACAGCGACCAUUUCGUAGCCUACUCUUUCGAGAAAGCUCCUCUAUAAUGCAUAAAUAUUCAAAAUUACAUAUUUAAAUAUUAGUAGAAAUAGGACUCGAAACUGUCGUAUACCGCCCUUAUAUUAGAUCUAAAAUAAAAUGACAUUGUGUUCUAGAGAAUUCUAUAUUAAAGUCUAAUUUCACGUAGUGGUCUUCUAGAGAAUUGUACAAAUAACUUGAAACCCUUAUUCUCACGUCCCACUGUAGUGUACGAGCUGUCCUAGACGAUGUAGCUCCUCGCUCCCUAGACUAUUGCUAAGCUAUCGCUACUUAUGCCGUAGUCAGUUGAGCAACUAAAGUCGGCAAACAUAAAACCUAUGAAAACAAUAAGGUCGAAACCCUGACGACUUUUCUUGCUGAACUUUAGUUAUCACGAAUAGUUAUCUUGUAGAAAAUCAAAGCUACUUAAUGCUUUCAUUUCUGUAAUGCCCCAGUAGUGACUAUCGUAUUUACGUACUUAGCCCUUCUACUCUUAACCCUUCCCAUAACUUCACUCAAUACGACAGAACAUUUACUUUUCUGUAAUUUGUUUUGAAUGAAGAAUUUCGCGCGUUUUAGUCAAAGUAAGACACCAUUGGUUGAAUUCUCUACACCAUAGACAAAACGAGAACUUCUAUUGGUUAACUCAACACGGACAAAAAAAACACAAGCGCGCGAAAAAUGUUCAGAUUUUUAGUUUCGAAUUCAAAAUACAUAAUUGAAGAAUCAAAUUGGAACUUGAUAUAAACUUCUGCACGCACCUCACUAACCAGACGCUACACGCAAUUCUGUCCAUUAUAAUAAGAUACCUAGCAUAGUUCGUGAAUGUUGGUUAAAAUAACAUUUUUAUUUCAAUAGGUGUAAGGUACACUUUGUACAUAAUAAUCACUGUCCAUUUUAUAUUAAGCUAAAUAAUAUAUUAUAUUUAAUGUAUCUAUGGUUACGAUUGGAUGUUUUUUAAUGCCUCGAACACGCAAGCGUAGCCUCAGGCAGUAGACACACGAGUAAUAAAUAAUAGACACAUAGCGAAGCCCCAUGUCCCCGUAGUUACAGCUACUGCCUCCGCCUUUCGCACCGACCCCUAGAAUAAGAUGUUCCAAAAUUUAUUGGCUUAAUUUAUUACAUUGAAUUGUUGUUGAACGUAUAUUACUAUUUAUAGCUAUAAUACAUAUAAUUAGUAGGUUGUAGACUUGCUAUAGACAUAGAACGAGGCUGGCCAGGCUCAUAGGCAACGUCUAGUUUCCAUGACAUGUUUUCGCUGUCCCAUUUUUUAAUGUUCCCAAUUUCUAAAUUGUUUUUGCACAAUACCUAUUAGAAAUAGUUAAUGCAAUGUUUAGGUAUCGUCAAUAAUUUCUGUGUAGGUAUUUCAUUGUUAGUUAUACACGUUGUUAUAUAUUUUUUAAAUGAUUUAUGUGUACUUAUUAAAAUUAAAGUAGGUUUAAAUUAAAAUGUUUUCACAGUUGUGGAUCGAGCAUUAGAGUAUAGAGCAAGACCGGUCAAAAUAGCGAUGUCAACUUGAGUUUAACGGCAAAUUUAGAAAUAAUUACAGGAAAAGCUUAUAAAAAAAUCGAGUAACUCAAGAAGGCACGCGCUAAUGUGCACAUUCUUUCGGCGAAAGUAUUAUAGCUGGUUAUUAUACCCAUUUGUAUCAUUUUGCCGUAUCUGGAUCGUAAGUGUGCAAGCAAAAAUACGGCAAAACGGUACCCAGCUGAGGAAUUCUGCUCACUGGCUUCUAAUAGCACCAUUUCUAAAUGUUCACUGACUGCGGGUAGUUGCAAGUUUCAACUCACCGUUCCGGUCCACGGACUGGAGUCCACACGUGUAUUCUUUUCUGUACCAUCACUAACGUGUUAGACAGUAUAAUUAUCGUGAUAACAAGCAAGACUAUGGGUAUGCGCCAAGGUCACCAAUAAAUGAGAGUGGGUCAAACAUAUCUGUUUGUCGCUCUCACUAAUUGCUGAGCUUUCUUAGGUGCGACAAUAGCAAGUACGCUCAUGCCAUCGUGACACGAGUCGAGAUACGGUACUACUAAAACACACGUGUGGACCCAGCUUAUCUUCUCAAUUAGUUGCGAAAUAAUGUAUUUUCGAUUACCACAAUGUUCAUAGGAAAUUAUUAUUAUGCUAAGUAUAUGGUGCGUUUGUAUGUAAUGAGAGGAUCUUGAGUAAUAAAUAAAUUGCAUUAAAUA